AUGUGUUGCAGACCUCGUUGCAGCUUCUGCUGCAUCUACUACACAAUCUACACCCUCAUGUUCAUGCUCAUGCUUUCCAUCAUCCUCUUUUGGAUAAUCAUCUCCCCCUCAAGUGUCAAGUUCCACGUAACCGAUGCCUCCCUAACACAAUUCAACCUCACAACCAACAACAACACCUUGUACUACAACUUCAAGGUCAACGUCACAGUGAGAAACCCCAACAACAACAUCAUAGUGUACUAUAGGAGGAUCACAGCAAUAGCUUGGUACAAAGAUAAUGAUUUUAGUUGGCUGAGCCUAACACCCUUUGACCAAGGCCACAAGAAUACCACCUUCCUUCAAGCAGUGUUUGAAGGGAAGAGUGUGAUCAAGCUCAAACCUCGUCAACUUGGAGAGUAUAAAGAGGAAACGAGUGUUGGCGUUUACAAUGACUUGGCUGUGGAUUUUGAUCUUAGAAUCAGAGCUAAGUAUGGAAGGUUCAAGAGUAGUCGUUUCAAUCCACCCAUUGUUCAGUGUCGCCGUUUGAGGGUUCCUUUGAUUUCUAAUGGUGAAACAACACCUCCUUUUGGUGUCACCAAAUGUAAAAGUGAUUCUUUCUUUGUAGAUCGUGAUGCUGCUGCAGGAACACGCUGAUGUGAAACCUUA